AUGCCGCCCUCUACUACUCGCAGCAAUACACGCCGAUAUCGUUCCGAUCCCUCCAAUUUACCCCGGCAGAAAUCCAUCGCUUUUCUUGACCGCCUCCUUCAAGAGAAUGAGGAAUUACGUGCCCAGAUCCAUCCUGAGUCGGCACAACCCAGAAAUCCAGUUGGACCCUCGCAACCGGCUCCGACAUCUAGCAACCAUCUGCAUGUUACUGAAGAGAAGAUACUGGAAGAAAUAGACUGGUUCGCCCAAACGAGAACUUCUGAUACGCCCAUCUGGAUAGGCGAGAUCUCCGAUGCAGCGUUUGCGACUCGGUUCCGACAAUUUGCCUCGUCCUCCCAAACACCAAGUCACAUCCCCCGCACACAGUUCGCAUCCGACGACGACCUACGCCUACUGGUCUCUACGAGUCCAUCCUGGCCGACACCGCCACGCGCCAGGCUGUUAGUUCAGACAGCGCUUAAAUUCCUCCGUUACAGCUAUCAUGUAGUAAGGCGCAGCGAGGUGCUCUCCGUCUUGGACGUGUUCUGUUCAGACCCUGGCAACGCUGCCCUGGGCCCUGUUGCGAAAGCCAAGAUGUGGGCAUUGUUUGCACUUGGCGAGUUGCGUUCAAGUAAAUGUCUAAGUUCUAGCAAAAGACUUCCUGGGUUGGCGUACUUUGCAAUCGCUAGCGAUACGGUUCGUCUGAUCAACGAAAGGCCACAGCUUGAUGUGAUCGAAACGACCUUGAUCCUGACUUUGUAUUCUCUCGAAGCAAACCGCCGACACUCUGCAUGUACACUUAUUGGCUCAGCCUUGCGCCUCUCGACCGUGAUGGGCCUCCAUCUCAGCAUUGGCGACACCUAUCUUGCAGAUCCUGAGCUAAGGGAGCACCGCAUCCGAGUCUGGUGGUCAGUCUAUAUCCUCGAUCGUCUAUUAUCCUCCAAGAUUGGGCUUCCGCUACUGAUAUCGGACGAUGAUAUCUCGAUCGAUCUGCCCUCCAAUGGUCCUUCUCUCACCUCGGAAAACUUCGGCGAUCAUGCUCACUUUUUGGCUAUUGUACGACUUGCCAAGAUCGCCGGGAAUAUCUCUAGGUCUCUCUAUGUCAGGACACCUCAACACGGUACAUUUCUUCAAAGGGUUGCAAGAAUUCGAGAGGAGCUUGACCACUGGAAGGCAGAACUACCAGAUCAGGCAAAGGUUGACUUCAGUCGUACCGACGAGACCGAGGAACACUCCCAGUCUGCUAUCUCUAGAUUGAAGGUGUCAUUUAACCAGUUAUUCAUCUUAGCAACGAGGCCUGUACUCCUCUUCUGCUUUCGUCGACAUGUAGAUGAGGCUGUGGCCACGUCGAGAGGAAACCCUCUUCCAGAUGCAGCGCGGGAAACAGCAGAUGCGUGCGUCAGCACUGCUCGACAAUCAUGCCAGCUAUUGUUGCGGUCCUGGGUAAAUGGCGAAUUCCACACCUUUGAUUAUUCUUACGUACAGCACCUUUUCUCUGCUGCGGUUAUCCUCGCGAUAGCGAGCACACUCGGUCAAAAUACCUCGAAGAACGAUAGAGAAGAGUUCGACAUUGUUGUAGGCUUUCUACAGCAACUAGAAGAGAAUGGAAAUCCUGCAGCUAUGGAGUUUUAUGCUCACAUCAAGGAGAUACAGGUGGUCCUGGAAGCAUGGGGUUCUACACCAUGUCAACCAAAUAACUUGCCGACAUCGGGAGACCUUGGCUCAUUAGAAGUCUUCCAGUCCGCAAUGGCCAAUCAAUCAUUGGAAGUCCCUGCUUUACAUAACAUAGAACAUGGUCCUCAGGCAGCUGAUGGCUCACCUCUGAACCUUUCAUUUCUUGAUGACUGGAUCUACGACAAUGCAUUUCAACAGAUAUGCUGGCAGGAAUAG